AUGGCGAGCUUCAAUAUCCAUCUCACCACCAACCUUCCAACAACAGCCUCCCUGGAGUUGGAGAGUUCCAAUGCUAGCUACGACGAAAACAUGAUGGAGCAGCUAAAGCAACACGCAGCUUCCCUCGGCAAUCCGUUAUGGGGGCUGGCAGGCCCACACGAUGCCCCGGACUCCAACGAACUCUCCGGAUCAUGGCAAUCCCCUUACGGCGAUUUCUUCCUCUCGUGGUACUACAACCAGCUGCAUGCUCUCACUCCAUGGCCUCGGAUGUCUUCACAAACAACACGGACGGGAAAGAUGCAUACGCCGAGAUGUUUGCUCAAAACUCGAUCGUGCGGGAUGAUCGUUUCUGGGAUCGGACGAUCAGCAACCCGACCAGCCAAUUCCAGUCCGGAGAUGUUGCUUAAGCAGAUUCAAGCGGCGUGCAAGAAGCAUGGAGUUGGGGUUUCUGGGAUGAACUCCGGUCUCCGUUUGAAUGGGUUUGACCGGAUAAGGAUGAAUGUUGUGGGGGAUGCGAAUAACGUGGUUGAUUUGUUUAAUUUACUUACCAGAGAAUGGGAGCGGAGUUCUUCUCGCCGGAGCAUUUUCACCCAGUUUGCUCGGGGGCUGAAUGAGCCUUUUGCUGGGCUGGAUUCGGAUGAUCUUCCUACGGAAGAGACUCUUCCGGUGGAGGCUUCUGUACCGUCGAAUGCCGAAAUGCAAACGGCCUAA